AUGUCAUCUCCCGAAGAGCUUGAACUCGAACAGCUAGUCGCGCCCUUUUUGACGGUGCGCGCUGUGCUAAUUCUACCCAUCAGCACGCUCUCGGCCAUGUACCUGACGUACGGAAUAUACAUCCUUAUCUUUGCUGUAUCCGUCCGCGUCCUCCUCCGCCCCGAUAGGCCCACGACCGUAUCAAACCUCUAUCUCCCGUGUACGAUAUUCUCAUUCACAAUGGCUACAAUCUACGUCGCGUCCUUCACCGCCAAAGACGUGCACCAAGCGAUCCUCGUUUUCAACGCGGCCAAGACGAAGGAUUAUUUAAGGUUGGUCGAGCUGCUCAGAUAUGAUUUCGAGAGUGCCAUGGAGUUUGGCUUGUUGGCUCUGACAGCUUCACUGAUGAACAUCGCUGCUGAUUGUAUGCUCAUCCAUCGCUGCUACGCAUGUUGGGGAUUCAGACGAAGGAUCCUCAUUCCGCUGAUGCUGAUCGCAGUCGCCCUCAACAUUCUCGAUUUGAUCGCCAACUUCGACACUUCUACCCCAGAACAUUCACAUUUCUUCUUGAAAUUCACCACAACCGGCAACGCCAACGGGAUAGCGAUCGCGGUCUUCAGCAUGCUCUUGACACUCCUUACAGCCGGACGAAUCUGGUGGACCACCCGAACAGAUCUCAAGGGCGCUCAGAACUGA